AUGCGUUUGAAGCAAUAUCCAUUUCUCACAAAACAUGAAUUUGAAUUGGCAGCUAAAGCAUUUCUAAAACAAUCAACUAGAUCAAGUGAGGUUUGGAUGUGGGUUGAACAUAAGAAAUUAAAAAAUUAUGGAUACUUGUCAUUGAAAACUUUGAUCAAAAGUAAAGAUAAUUCCAACACAUCGACAAUGACCAAUAACUCAGUUGAUAAAAUCGAUGAAUAUCUCACUGUUGAUUAUCAUAUCAUCUAUUCAUCAGUUUACCAACUUCCCGUUUUAUAUUUUAAUGCUUAUCGAACUGAUGGAACAGCUUUAACAAUGUCUGAAAUUUAUAUAAAUCUUGUGGAAUCAUCAUUUAGAGUCAAUGAUCUUCAAAAUUCUGGACUUCGUGGAGGAUUAUCUCAACAAGAUCAUCCAAUACUUAUGAUUCCAUUCUAUUAUUUACAUCCAUGUAAAAGGAUGAUUAUGCCUAGUUUAGAAGGAUAUAUUAGAAGUUGGUUAAGCUUUGUUGGUCCAGUUGUUGGUAUCAAUGUUAGCAUGGAUAAUUUCUUACCAGAAGAACAAGAAAAUAAUUAG